AGAAAUUCAACAAGUGACCAUAGUUACAGUGGAAAGAAAAACGUAACUAUGACAGGAAAUGAAUGCAUUCAUUGGAUGAAUGCUUCUGCAUACACUACUCAAGACAAAAAUUACUGUAGGACACCUGCAGGAGAAUCUGACAAUGUUGAUGGUCCUUGGUGUUAUAUUAAUAAUUUUACAGGCCGGGAAACGUGUAAUGUACCCGUGUGCGAUGGUGCACAAUGUCCUGAUCUAUCUGUGAGGCCUAAUUUAAUUUCAAAAGAAGGAAAGACUACAUUCCACUACGGCGAAAAGGCUGCUCUUACAUGUAAAGCUGGAUAUAAAUUAAAAAAAACGACUACUCUGACGUGUCUGCAGUCAGGGAAUUGGAAUGAAAGGUUACCUUAUUGUGAAGAGGUGAACUGCUACAACAAGUACAACCGUGGUCAAAACUAUGUAGGUAAUGUCAGUAAAACAUUAACAGGAGAACCAUGUUUGAACUGGAAGGUAUAUAAUUCUCGUUUUGUAGACCUUCAUGAAAACCAUACAUACUGUCGUAAUCCUCUACCAAGUGAAGUUGAUAGACCAUUUUGUUAUACAGGAGCCGGAUUUGUUUUUGAAAAGUGCAUCAUAACAGUCUGUGAUUGCAGAAAUUCCACAUCGGAUCAUAAUUACGACGGACAGAUAAACAUCACCAGAAAUGGACAUACUUGUAUACAUUGGAAUAAAGCCGUUAAUUAUCAGUCUCAACAUGAGAAUUACUGCAGGACACCUGCCGGAGAUGCAUAUAAUGAUACUGGACCUUGGUGUUAUUUUGAUACGAAAGGAGGACGGGAUAGUUGUAAUGUACCUAUAUGUGACGGUGCAUCAUGUCCAGAUCUAUCGCUUCGGUCCCAUUUACAAACACAGGACAACAAGGAUUCAUACAGAUAUGGGGAAACCGUGAACCUUGCAUGCGAAACUGGAUACAUAUUAAAUGGUUUAAGAAACCUAUCAUGUCAAGAAACUGGCAAUUGGAGCAAUACAAUACCUACAUGUGAAGUUGUUACAUGCCAUGGUUUCUCAAAUGAACCCCAUCAAAACUGGCACCCGAGUAAACGACCAUACAUAUAUAAUGACAAUGUCACGUUCACAUGUGAUGAAGGAUAUGAAUUGUCUUCAUCUACAAAUAUUACAUGUCAGUCUGAUGGAACAUGGAGUGACAUUCAACCAAAUUGUACAGGUGUGUUGUGUAGUUCCAUUCCUCACAUUGAAUUUAUGCUACCUCAAAACCCUAAGGAAUACAAUUUCCCGUCAUCAGUGAACAUCUCCUGUAAAGAGGGGUACCAGAUAAAAGGCCCUACGAUGCUUCAAUGUCAAACAAAUGGAAAUUGGAGUUCUCCACCAAUAUGCACAGGUGUGUUGUGUAGUUCCAUUCCUCACAUUGAAUUUAUGCUUCCUCAAAACUCUAAAGAAUACAGUUUCCCGUCGUCAGUUAACAUCUCAUGUAAAGAGGGGUACCAGAUAAAAGGCCCUACGAUGCUUCAAUGUCAAACAAAUGGAAAUUGGAGUUCUCCACCAAUAUGCACAGGUGUGUUGUGUAAUUCCAUUCCUGACAUUGAAUAUAUGCUACCUAAAACUUCAAAUAAAUACAGUUUCCCGUCAUCAGUGAACAUCUCAUGUAAAGAGGGAUAUCAGAUAAAAGGCCCAACGACGCUUCAAUGUCAAACAAAUGGAAAUUGGAGUUCUCCACCAUUAUGCACAGCAAUUGUUCAACGCCCGAAUACAUCCCUAUUACCAGCAGUAUUUGGCGGACUAGGAGCUAUACUUACUUUAGUAUUGAUAAUUGUUGUUGUAGUAGUUAUCAGGCGGAGAUCCAAGAAAGGUAAACCAAAAAGUGUCAAACGUAAGGAGCCGUCAAAAGACAUUAACAAUCCUGAAGUUUACGCACAAGUCAGCAAGACAGGCAAUACAGACGAAUCAAGACUUUCCCAUCAAAUUACAACAAAUGGCGCAACAUAUGACAACCAGGAUGAGGAGAAGAGAGAAUAUUAUAGUUUUGCUGGGGACUUAAAAAUUUCCGGAACUGCUAUCUCAAUAAAUGAUUUCUACGACUAUGUUGACAAAGGACGAGGAACAAAGGGACCAAUUGAAAAGGAAUUUGAGAAACUGAAAAAGCAUCAUCUUAAGGAAACAAAAACAGCAUCAUUGACUGAAAAUAUUGGCAAAAAUAAAUACAAAAAUGUAUUUCCGUAUGAUGAAACUCGUGUUAUACUUGACAUACAACCAGGAAAAGGAGCAUCUGACUAUAUUAACGCAUCAUUUAUAAAUGGAUAUGGUCAAGUUAAGAAAUACAUAGCCGCCCAAGGACCAUUGGAACCUACUAUCAACGAUUUUUGGGGGAUGAUCUGGCAAUAUGAUUGUGGCAAAAUUGUUAUGUUAACAAAUGUGUGUGAACUAGGAAAGCAAAAAUGUAAACAGUAUUGGCCUGAUCCCGAAUCUAAAACAAAACAAUAUGGAUCAACCGAAAUUUUGUUGAUAGAUGAAGAUGUCUACUCAGAUUUUACUAUUAGAACACUGAAGAUAGUGAAGGAAAACCAAAGCAAAACUGUAAAACAAUUUCAUUUUACUGCUUGGCCUGAUAAAGAUGUCCCAAAAUAUGCAUCAUCAAUAGUGCAUUUCCGACAUAAGGUGUUCUCAUCCAAUGUUUCACCAAAUGGACCGAUAAUUAUUCACUGCAGUGCUGGAAUUGGACGAACAGGCACCUUCAUUGCCUUGGACUAUAUUGUGAAUGAGGCGAAUGAUUUGAAGUAUAUAGACGUGUUUAAAUGUGUAGAAACUCUCAGGAGGCAAAGGGUCAACAUGGUGCAGACUGCUCGCCAGUACGUGUUUCUCCAUGAAGCAAUAUUAGAAGCAGUGAUGUGUCCUAAUUCUGGAAUUCCUUCGAAAGAUUUUCCAGAUCUAUAUAAAGAGUUAAUGUUGCACGAUUCAAGUAGAAAUAAAACAAAACUCCAAGUGGAAUAUCAGCGUAUGAAUGCAAUGUGCGAAAAACAUGAAGAUGAUGUAUUUGUUAAAGGUACAAUUCCUGAAAAUAGGACCAAGAAUAGAGACAGUACAAUACUUCCAGUUGAAUACGAGAUGCCAAUCCUGUCUACGUUUGUGGAAGGACACAAUGAAUAUAUCAAUGCCGUAUUCCUACCUGGCUACAAAAAUAAAAAAGCAUUCAUAGUAACACAGCUGCCACUUGAACAUACGAAAAUAGAUCUUUGGAGGCUGGUGUACGACCACAACAUACAAACAAUUGUUAUGCUCAACCAAGUUAAAGAAGAUACGGAUGCGUAUUGGCCAGAAAAUCAAGAGACACCAAUCCAAAUUGAAGCUUUUAAAAUAGAACUUACAACAAUGGAAUCAAAACCUUACUGUAACUGUUUACAUCUUACCUUGAAGUAUAAAACCUGGGAUGAAAGGUCGUUGGUAAUGUAUCAAGCAAAGCGUUGGGAUGACGAUGCUGUAGUUCCACAUUCAAAAGAGGAUUUGUUUAAUUUAUUGUUUGAAGUGGAGAAUAAAUCUAAUAAUGGUGACAAUAGUCCUAUCCUUGUUCACUGCCUAAAUGGUUGUGACAAAAGUGGACUAUACUGUGUUUUGGCGACAGUGCUAGAACGACUGAGAAUAGAACAAGAUAUCGAUAUUCAGCACAUCAUUAAGCAAACGAGGAAUAGAAGACCACAGAUUAUCUUAAACUAUGAACAGUUCCGGUUUAUUUACGAUGCUGUUUUAGAAUACUUGAAACAGUUUGAAACGUAUUCAAAUUUCCAGUGACAAGACAAUUGUUCUUCUAAAAAUCAAAUCGUUCAUUAUAUAUGCCUCUUACUAAAACACAUUAGUUUUGUUAUUCUUUCAAACUGUUUGGUGCUUUUCAUCAAGUGUGCUAUGAACAAAGAAUGUGUAAAGAUAUGAGCAAGUACCAUCUUAUGUCACUUUAUUAUAUGUAUUCACAUUCAUUUAUCAAUAGUGUAAAGAAAAUAACAAAACAUUCCAUUGUGGUGAAAAUAUCAAUACCCUUUAAUAAUCCGAAACUAGUUAUAUAUAUAUGUGUCUACAUUUACGAAGUUAUCCAGACUGUAAGUUGUACCAAUACAUGCAAAAGCUACGUCUACAUUUAUGUAGUUGACUAUAAUAAUUCUUUAUCGAUUUAUAUGAUUUGACAAUAGUUUCGCGAGUUUUUUGAGAAAGUUUGUCUACAAUUUCAAAAUUAUGACUUUUGAUAUGUAUUUCAUACAUAGAAGGGUUAUUUGCCAUCAUAUGGAAUUGACUAUUCUUGACCUUCAUGUUACUAUUAACAGUUUUUACGAGAGUAAUCGUUAUCUAAUAUGACUAUAUUUUCUAUAUUCACGAGGUCUUUGAUUUUAAUGAACGUAAAAUUUUCAUUUCUUACACAACUGUAAAUAAAGAGAUUUGUUGUGGAAGUAUGAUUCCAUUUGCCAUGACACUUUUUUACGAUUACAUUGUUUAUAAAGCUAGAAAAUUUAAGAUGUGUCCUUCAAAAUUGUCUCGCUGCAAUCAUAUGCUCAGUGGUAAAGGAUUAUAUACUGUGUGGUUUAAACACUGCGUCUGGUAUUGAUUUUGUUUUAUAAUUACGAGAACUGUCAAUUAUCUAUAGUUCAAAGCAAUACUUUAAUGUAAUAAAUCGAUUACAUAUUUUUUGUACUGUCUUUUUUUCCCGUUAAAUAUGUGGUUGGAUUGACUUUUGAAAAACUAAUAUUCACUGCGGCCUUUGGCCUCCUUGAAUAUCAGGUCUUUUUUCUUCAAAAUUCAAUAAAACCACAUGUUUACCUCAUCAAAAGACAGUAAUUGUAUAUAAUUAUUUAUGAUUUCUUUUUUUCUCUGUAAAGUUUGUUUUAGGCAUUGCACAAAUGCAUGCCUUCUUGCACCGUUUACGGUGUCCUUGUAUAAAAUCUUCUAUAAAGUACAGCAACUGAUAUAAGGUGAAGUAUGACACGGUUUAUUUACAGCAGGUAAACCACUUUGAGGUUGCUUUCAGAAUCUGCAAGCAUUCUUGAAUACGGUAUAACUAAUUUAUUUUGUGUGUUUUUUUGUUUAGUAAUCUUUCUUACCGUUUUUAUUGAUUUUAGCUCUUUUCCUGUAUACAUUUUUUUAUUGUAUGUUUGUUUUUGUUUGUUUGGAUAAUCUAGAUAGUUGUUGUUUAUUUCGUCUUUUUUGUUAUUAUCUAUUAUACAGUUAUUAUAGAGUUAUACAAUUUUCCAGUCCUGUGAUAUUGUAUAAUCUUUAAUGUACGUUUUGAAUAUCUACUGAUCGAGAUUAAAUAUUCUUUUACAAGUGUCAACUUAAAUUGAUAUAUUUGACCAAGCAAAAGUUUAAAAGUUUACACCAGGACCAGGAUUAAAUUGAAUUUGUUCAAAAGGCAUUUAUGAGAGAGCAUUUAUUAAAACGAAGUUAUGAUUGAGAACCCCUGACUGCAGACAAACAAUUACUUUCUUGUCUAUUUUAUCUUUGAAGAAGCUGAAGAGAUGUAGGUCAUGUAUUCUGAAAAUAGAGAUAGAAGAUACCAAACGGAUAUAUUUACUUAAUAGGAGUUUCAAAUUGCAUUUUUCGAGCACCCGUUCUUUUUCCUCUUACAGUUUCUAUUUAAAAGCUUGUUUAGUGUAUUGUAUUGUCAGUUAUAUUCUGGCAAAUAACCAGUUGUCAGCUUACUUUUUAAAGGUUUUUACUGUUAUGGGGUAAAAUUGAAAAUUACUUUAAAUGUGAUUCUAAGGAGUCUCCAAUGGCCAUACAUGGAUGAAGUUGUUUAAAGAAGUUGGAUCUGGUUUCUAUGGUCAACUUAUCUUUACAGGAUAAAAAAGUAUAUACAAAAAACUAUCAAAUGAAGUGUAAAUAAGAAAGGAUAUUUAUUAUAUAUUUAUUAAGUUUUAUUGCUACUGAAUAUAAAAUACUUUUAUUCUUACAUGUUGUAAUCCUUAUAUGGCGAAAAGAAUGUGUUUAUUUUUUUCUUUCACAUAUCUUAGAAUUGUAUAUGCUAUGGGAAAUUAUUGUUCAACCUUGACCUCAAAUUCAAACUAAGUUAUGUUGUCUCCAAUCUGCUUGUUUUCGUAAAAAUCAAUGAACUUGAUUUUCGAAAACACUAGCAGAUGGUUUAUUAUUUUAUAGAAACUCAUAUUUCAAGUACUCGGACAAGUAUUUUAAAAACUUCUAUGAAGAAUUUAAUGAUAAAAAUGACAGAUAUCUGAUAAUUCCUCUAAGUAAUACAAUGUUAGGUGACUGUAAAGAUGGUAUCAAUUUAUUUAACUUAAAAUAGAUGAUGUUAAAAGUUGGUCGUAGCAAGUAAGAAGUUGACAGUGAGCGCCUUUUGGCAGCUAAACUUUAAGACAAGAGCGAUACUUAAAACAUCUAACUUUCAUAUAGCAUCUGAUUGAGGAGUUUAUAUCCCCGGUUGAUCUGACAUAGUUUAUGUUUUUGUUUCACACUUAGAAUUCUUUCAUUUGUUUCAACUAUAACAAAUAGGCUUGUCAUAGAAAUUGUAGUUUUUCUUUUGAUGUUUUGAUGAAUACUUUGGAUAAAAAGUGUGUUGGGGGAAACCAUGGUCAAUUACAUGUAUCUGUAAUUUAAUGUUGUGACAUACUUUGACAACUAAACAUAAAACCCAACUAGAAUCUAAGAGGAAAGUAUGUACAGAUUAGUCAGGGUACAACAUGUUCAUUUUGAUGUUAUUCCAUGACUAAAGCUCCACCCCCAUUUUUGCCUCUCAGCUAUUUAGGGUACUGAACAAAGGUUAACUGAAGGCAAAAAAAAAAAAAAAAAAAAAAAAAUCAAA